AUGGUCUCCUCAACGGAUGCCGUAACGACGAAGGUGACGUCUGGUUCGCCUUAUCAGCUGGAAAAUGGCCAGGUCCUUCGAGCUUCGACCGCCCUUCUGCGGCACAUGAAAUCGAAACAGAAGCAGAAGGAAGAGGCAUCGGGGAAAAAGACCCUUAUUGGCGACAAUGAUGAUGCGUCCGACGCCGAAGACGCUGCUACCAUCAACGAGCCGGUCUGGCUUGUUGUCACAACGAAGAAGCACGUGGUGGACAAGAAUCGCUUGAAACCCGGCAAAAUCAGUAUCCCACACUCGCUUAAUACGUCGCCUUCGCUCAGCAUUUGCCUGAUAACGGCCGAUCCCCAGCGUUCCGUCAAGGACAUCGUUGCUGACCCUUCCUUCCCUACUUCGCUCUCCUCCCGCAUCAACAAGAUCAUUGGCUACUCGAAAUUGAAAGCCCGGUAUAAGAGCUUUGAGAGCAGACGGCAAUUACUGGCUGAGCAUGAUGUAUUCCUGGCUGAUGACCGGAUUAUCAUGCGAUUGGUCUCCACUCUGGGAAAGACGUUCUACAAGUCCAGCAAGCGGCCAAUUCCUGUUCGCAUUGAGGCAAUUGAGAAGGUCGACGGAAAGCGGGUAAAGAAGGAUCCGAAGAAAAAACCGCCCAAGGAGGAGCGCCAGGCCGCUUUCGCAUCUCCGCUGGUUGUCGCGAAGGAGAUCGAGAAGGCCCUCAACUGCGCCCCGGUCCAGCUUGCUCCGGCUACUACGUCAGCGGUUCGUGUAGGAACCAGCAAUUUUACACCUCAGCAGUUGGCGGAGAACGUGGAAGCCGUCGUCAAGGGCUUGACGGACAAGUUUAUCAGCAGGGGUUGGAGAAAUGUCAAGGCUAUCCACAUCAAGGGACCAAACACCAUGGCGAUGCCGAUCUGGCUGGCCAGCGAGCUGUGGGUGGACGAGGCGGAUGUUAUAGAAGAACCCGAACAGGAGCAGCCUAAAGCCAUUGAAGGCGCCAAAAACGAAAAGAAGAGGAAGGCUACUGAGGAUGAGAAACCAUCAGUGGAGGAAAACAAAAAGACCAAGAAAUCGAAGACGGUAAAAGAUGACGACGAGUCCGCCUUGAUCGCUGCAAGGAAGGAAAAGCUGCAGAAGCAAAAGGCGAAAGCACUCGAAGACGGGGACUCUUCCGCAGCCAAGGCGAUCUCGAAAGCAACGCAGGAGAGCUCAGCAUCAGGGAAGAAGAAGAAAAAGUCGACUUCUUAA